AGUGUAUAUAGAAAGGGGUGGAGGUGGAGUGAGUAAGCAAGAAAAAGUGAGGGAAGAGAAGGGGAGGAAAGGGCAUGUGGAAACUUCAGAUUUCGCCCCGCCACCGUAGAAAGAGGAACCCGAAGUCUUAGAGCUGCUCUAACCAGCACCGAAGCCUCUCAUAUAUCCAUCCCAUAACAGAGAAAAAAAAAAAGAAAAACGAAACAAGUCUUUCAGACACUGACGAUUACUUGUUUCAUGCCAAUAUUUGCAGCUUAGGAUAUACAAUUUCAUUCACCUAUUCACCCUUCUCUCUCUGAUAUAUAUUAAAUAUAUAUCUAUAUACAGCGUUAUAUAUACAUAGAUAUAUAUCCCCAAAAGAAGUUAACAUAAGGUAACGACCAUGAGCGAUCUCGAUAGCCCUACCGAUCCACAUUCUUUCAGUCGUCCUGACCAAUGCCGUUUAAUAUUUUUGGACCUUGUUUGGGAUAUCGAUUUUUCCAAAAAAGUUAUCAAUGGCACCGCUUACAUUGAUUUAGAAAAAAACUCGGCUUCCAUUACGACAGCGAUAUUUGACAUAAAUAAACUGAGUAUCCGACGUGUAUUCUGCAAGGAAUCUGGGAACAACCUUGAGUAUGAGGUUGGUAACCCAGAUGAAAUUUUUGGUUCAAAACUGGAAGUAAAAUUGCCAAACGGAAGCAAACUCAAACUCACUAUUGGUAUAGAAUAUGAAACCAGUCCUGAAUCAUCGGCCUUGUUUUGGUUAUCACCACUUCAAACUGCUGGGAAGCAGCAUCCGUAUUUAUACAGCCAAUGCGAGCCAAUUCAUGCCCGGAGUCUUGUACCCUGUCAGGAUUCACCUGGAGUUAAGUUUCCUUAUACAGCAAAGGUGACAGUUUUCAAGGAAUUUGUGGUCUUGAUGAGUGCACUUCAACAGAGUUCCAAUGUAUGUCGAUCAAAUUCUUCAAAGAUGGAAUUCUUCUUCAAACAGCCAGUGCCAAUACCAAGUUAUUUGAUUGCUGUUGUUGUUGGAGACUUGGCCAGUCGUAACAUUGGACCCCGUAGCAAAGUAUGGUCAGAGAGGGAAUUUCUUGACAAAGCAGCUUUUGAGUUCUCUGAGACUGAAGAGAUGCUGAAAGUUGCUGAGAGCCUGAUGGGACCAUAUGUAUGGGGUCAAUAUGAUCUUGUUGUGCUACCACCAUCUUUUCCUUAUGGUGGCAUGGAGAAUCCUUGCCUCACAUUCGUUACCCCAACACUCUUGGCUGGAGAUAAAUCACUAGCUAAUGUUAUUGCACAUGAAAUAUCUCACAGUUGGACUGGCAACUUGGUCACUAAUUCUACAUUUGAACAUUUCUGGUUAAAUGAAGGCCAUACAACAUUUGUAGAGAGAAAGAUUUGUGCUAAGCUAGGUUGUGGGGAAACAUUAAGGAAUCUUUUAGGCAUGAUUGGAAAGAAAUCCUGGUCAGAUUAUGUGAGUUUCCACAUAUUUUUUGCCCUCCAUGUUAUUGAAUCUAACCUAGAUAUGAAUAAAAGUCUAAGACUAUUCUCUUUCACUUCCACAGAGGUUUUUGAACCAUUUUUAAAAGCUUACAUUGAACAUUUCAAGUAUCAUUCAAUUAACUCUCACCAAUGGAAAGAAUUCCUCUUGUCUUACUUUACAGAAAAGGGCAAAGGCAGUGCUUUAAGGAGAGUGAACUGGAAUGACUGGUUCUUUGAGACUGGAAUGCCAGCAGUACCUAUAUCAUAUCAGUCAUGCCUUGCUAAUGCUUGCCAGCAACUGAGUGAAAGAUGGUGUUCAACUGGAGACAGUAACUUUGGACAGUUCUCUUCAGCAGAUCUUGACCAAUUCUCAACUCCACAGAAGCUGGAAUUCCUCAACCAGUUGAUGGAACAGGACCCCUUUAGUUUGACCAAGAUUGCUCAUAUGGAAUCGGCAUAUCACUUAUUUUCUCAGGGAAAUUCAGAGAUUCUGUUUCGGUGGUUGAGACUUUGUCUGCGAGCUAAAUGGAGCAAGUGCAUUCCUCAUGCUGUUAGCUUCAUUAAUAAACAAGGCCGGUUGAAAUUUCUCCUACCAAUAUACGAACUUCUUUAUCAGUGGGAAGACACCAAAGAAUUAGCAAUUGCUAAUUUCCAAGAACACAAAGAGGAGAUGCACAAUUUAGCUGUUACAAAGAUUUCUAAAAUUUUGAAACUUACAUAAUUAUUAUAAAAUCCUGUUUUUCCCUUUGAUUUGUUUUCCAUGGCAAAUUUUUUGUUUUACUUUAUCAGAUUCCUGUUUUAAAAAGUUCAUUCUGAAAUAGAAAAAUCCCUCAAGGUUUAAUGGAAAUACUAAAGAAAAUUUUUUAUAACUUUAAUUAUAAUUUCAAUGAUACUAUUUUUGCGUAAAGACCUCAGAAUUGUUUUUUAACACCCAUGGCAUUUUUAAAGAAUCCCAAUAAUUAGCAAUAACAAAGAAGCAGCCACCAUUUGUUUUAAUUCCUGAAACAGCUUUCAUCUAGUGUUUCAAGACCUCACAAAGUAUAAGAGGUGCUCCAGUAUGUUGAGAACUAUAGAGAAUUUUCUUCAAAUUGAUAUGUAAUCCAAUAACAUUAGAAGCUGCUUGCUUCUGCAGAAAUCCUAUGGAUAGCAGAGGUCUUAUUUUUGACUAGAAUGAUUGGUAAGCUGCAUGAUUCCACAAUAUGUCUAAAACAUAAUGCCUAUAUAACAAAUGAUUAGUAUAUUUUUAUAUGAGGCAAGCACUGUGGUACAGUGGUAAUGUCACAAAUCUGCAACUCCAUUGUGCUUUUUCUACCUUUUUUUUUUUAUAUGGUAUCAAUAUGACAACACAAUUUCUCUUUUUAUUCCUCUCCACUCUCUUUAAGGCUUCGUAUCUGUAUAAUAUAUUGCUAUAUUUCAUACAUAAACAAAUGGUGAAUUGGGAAAAAUAAGGUCGUUGAUCUUACUUUAUGUAUAUCUUGUGCGUACAAUUAGAUGUACAACUGCAACUGAUGAAUUUAGAGCUCGAUGUACAGUAUCAUCGUCCAGUCUACAAUCAGUGUAGUGGUGUGGUUACUGCUGUACUUAGCAGUAUUACCAAUUAUGAUAUACAGAGCAAAUGUGUCAUAAUUUAUCAUACAUUUACUCUGUUUGUCCUUUAUAUGUUAUUGUAAAUUGGUGACCACCACUACUGAUGCCAUACAACCUAAUUUUAUGUACUGAUAUUGAUGUUUGUCUACACACACACAUACACAUAUAAUGGGGAUUAUGUAUCUCUUAACAAUUUCCUCGAUUGGUGAUAACAUUCAGGAGUUAUUCUCUCCUUAGCUUAAAACUUUUUUUCCCUGCAAUUUUUUGCCUCAGCUGUAAUUAAAGAUUAAAUUUUUCAUAACCUAAAAUGUUAUUUCCAUAUCGGAUACGAAAAUGGAAUAUUUUUUCUAUGAUUUUUUACAGUUUUUUUUUUUUUUUUUACAAAGAAAUUUACACUUGGCUAUAUCUUUUUUUUUUUAAUGUUUAAUCACAUAGUAAGUGUUUUGGUAUGCUAUCUAAGCUUUAAGACAUGUAUUUAAAAUAUAAUGAUAUAUCUUCUUUGUACUCAUACUGGAAUUGGAGAUGACAAAAUUUUAUAUAAAUCAGAUGUACUGGGAGUGUUGUUAUGACUAAAUUAUUGUCUUUUAAAUGGAGAAGAGCACAUUUUAAGAAAUUCAAACUAUUUUUAUAUGCAUAUAUAUAUAUAUAUAUAUUUACAUUGUUUUUCUCUUACAAUACAUUCCAGUAUAUUCUAUUAAGUAUUCUGCCGAAAAUGCCUUUCACACUCUUGCUUAAACUUUGUGUAUGAUAUAUGUAUAUAGCAUGCACCCUUUGAAGGCUUCCAAACAGAAAUUUUAAUUAAAAAAAAACACACAUAUCUUACUCACAGGUUAAUAUAUUUUGUUUUACAUCCAUUUUGAAGGUGGGAAAUUGGAAGUGUCAUUAGAGUGUUGGGUAGAAUGAAUGCCUUGAUGUAUUUGUUCUGAGUUCAAAUCCUGCCAUGGUCGACUUUGCCUUUCCUCCUUUCAGUGGGUGGGGGGGUUGAUAAACGUGUACCAAUGCAGGGCAGUGACUUGAUGGAAUUGUCAGAGCGUCAGACAGGACCGAUUGCAGUGUUUCAGCUCUGUGCAUUCUAAGUUCAAAUCCUGGCCCUGUCAUCUAAAAACAGUGGCAUUUCUGUCAGGUGUUGUGACCAACAGAUUAAUUUGAAAAAUAAUCAAUGGAAAUGUAAUUUCCUUGAUUUAAUUAGAACAGCAAUAACCACCUCCACCACCAAUACUACCACAUCCAUUAUCCUAUGCUAGCAUGGGUAGGAUGGUUUUGUACAUUUAAACAUUUUUAUAUUAUUUGAGAACAUGAUUUUUAUAGUUGUUAUAUGUUCUCACAAUGUUAGAACAUCUUGAUUGGUCGGGCAACAUAAUUAUGUCUUCAUUUAAUAUCAUCAACUGCAUUGGCUAUAACGAAGUCAGAGCUCUCAGCCAUGUAGUCAGUAGCUUAGCAUUAUAUAACCACCUCCACCACUACCAACACCUAUACUACUAAUUACUAUAUUUUAAUAAAUUCACUUACAAAUGCAACAUCCGCAGAGAUAAGACAGUAGCCAUCACAGUUAACAAAACAAAAGUACAUAAAACAACUCUGAUUCUGUAUGUUAUUUUUCUAAGUCCUUCUCGAUAAUAAACUGAACUUCUCACUGUAUUCUGAUGAAGAAUCCACAUAUAUGUUGUUUUAAUUAUAUAGAGUAAUAAAACAAUUGUUAAUUGUUGCUUUUAUCUUCCUCAUUACCAACAUCAUAUCAGGGUUUUUUUACCAUAUAUCACACAAAGACAUCAUCUUAUCGAGAUAUAUGUAUUAUUUCAAUAAGUCUGACAAGAAUAUGUUAUCAAUAAAUUCAUGUCUGAAACUGAAAAUUAAAAGGCAUAAUUUUGAUAUCAAUUUUUUUUAAAAAGUAUAAAUUCUAAGCCCCAAUUUCUAAUUAAUCUUGUUUGUGUAUUUAAUUAAAAUAAGAGUUCAAAGAUUUAAAACUGAAAAUUUAAUGCUGGUCUAAAAGCUUUUUAAAAUAAUAUCAGAAUGUAAGUUUAGAAAAAAAAUAAUUCUUAUUAAAAAUAUUCUUAGCAUGUCUUUUUAAUAGUUGAAUGAUUUCCCUUUCUUAUUUCCUGUUUAAUUCCAAACUUUGCAGAUUUCCAAAUUUUGGUUAUUGUAGUUAAUGUUAUGAGAAAUAAAUUUGUUUUGCUUGUUAUUUUA